AUGUUCUGCUGGCGCUGGAGGUGUGCGGAGUAUGUUCUGCUGGCGCUGGAGGUGUGGGGCCCGCAGGGAGAGCUGGUGACGCUGGUGGACGCGAUUGAGAGCAGCAUUCGUAGUGGUGUGCAGGAUGGCACAAGGGAGGUGCGAGCCACAGCCAGGCGCAGCUUCCGGGAGUUUUCCCACUUGUGGCCGGAGCGGGCCGCCCGGCUGCACUCCUCAUUUGACGUCACAGUGCAGAAGGUGUUGGCUCAGGAGGACAAGUCAGCAGCGCUGCUGGGUGCACAGGGCACAGCUGCUGCUGCAGCAGCAGUGAGGGUCGUGGAAGGAGCAGGUGGAGAAGGAGGAGUCAGAGGAGAAAGAGGAGUCAGAGGAGAAAGAGGAGGGGCUGUAGCAGGGGCAGGGACAGCAGGAGCAGCUGUAGCAGCAGAUGUUGUGGGAUCGAGGGCUGCAGGGGUAGCUGGGAGGGGGGAGCGGAUUGGUCCACAGAGAGUGGUAUCAACAAGUGAGACUGUCACUGCAGCUGAUGAUGAUGAUGCUGAUUAUGCAAGAGACGGGGUCUCAUCUGGGGGAGGUUCACCUGGGAGUGAGGUGAACCUAUCCCCCAAGAUAGUCCGUGUUUUGGACUUUGACUCUGCUAGCCGCAGUGCUGGUGCUGCUGCUGGUGCUGGUGGUGCUGCUGGUGUGGCACGUGAUUCCAUGGACCAUGUUCCUAUGAAGGAAAACGUGCAGGGGAGAUGGGGUGGAGCAGCGGCAGCAGGAGGAGGUGACUGUGGGGUUGGGCCGAGGCGGCAGAGGCACAGCAUUGCUGCGUCAACCAAUCUCGAAGCCAGCAGUUAUGGGGCUCGCGGGAUGGGGGAAACAGGAGGGGCUGGAGCGAUCGGAGGGGCACGCGGAAUGGGAUGGAUGGGCGGGAGAGGAGGAGCAGUAAGAGCAACAGGGGUAGGAGGGAGGGAUCGGAACCAGGGAAAGAAGCCACAGCAGCAGCAGGAUGUGGGGGAGGUGAUGAGGACCAAGGUAGAGGAGGGGUUGCGGAAGGGGUGUGACUGGUCGAGACGGGUGGCGGCAUUAGAGGCGGUGAGGGAGUGUGUGAUGGGUGGAGGGGACGCGGCGGCAUGGGGAGGAGGAGAGGGGGAUGGAGUGAGCCGCAAGGGUGUUCAGGCCGUUGUGAAGCACCUGGAGAGGGUAGUGGAGCUGCUAGUAGCGGGGAUGGAGUUCGCCCACACCAAGGUCUCCUCCUCAGCUUUGUCCCUCCUGGAAGACCUCGUGCUGCACUGCCCACCCAUCCUCGCCCCCCCCAACCUCGACAAAUGGCUUCCCCCUCUCUUCUCCCGCGUGGCUGACACUGGGAAAGACCGCAUGCGAGCACAGGCAGAGGGUAUACUGGAUUGUGCUUUGAACAGCUGGUUUAGGCGUGGGGAUGGGUGCGGAGGGGUGAGUGGGGGGUUGAGUGAGGUGGGGAGGAGUGGGGAGGGGUUGAGAGGGGGAGAGGGGGAGGCGGUGCAGGUGCUGCUGCCGGUGCUGGAGCGGGCUUUGGAGGGGCAGAGAGGGCCGAGAGUGAGGGCGUGUGUGGUGGAGUUUGCACUGCUGGUGCUGAGGGGGAGAGCAGGGAGAGAGGAGGAGAGGGAGGGGGAGGGAGAGGAAGGAGAGGAGGACGGCGGAGAGGAGGGGCAUAAUGGGAGGCAGCGUGGUGGCAUCGCAGUGGCCCGAGUCAGAAGGAGCACGGCGGAAGCCAAGAGCAUCCGGCAGUGGGGCAUGCGUCUCCUCCCUCUGCUCAAAGACCCAAAAACCCGCCUGCCAGCAGCAGAGUGCCUGGGGGAGGUGGUCGCACAGAUCGGCCCUGUCUUCCUGGCGAGCCACAUCGACUCUUCCCCUGAAUCGGAACUGACUGACUUCCUUUCGCUGCUAGAGAGGGCGGCACAUCCGGAUGUAGCGGCGGCUGUAGCAGAUUUUGUGCAGGGGAGUCAGAUCCACGGCCAUGGGCAUGGCAUGUCGGCAGCUGGACAGAGGCACGAACGAGCAUCUGGAGCAGCUCGAACAUCGGCAACAACUGCCGGCACAGGCAUGCAUGCAACAGAGGUCACUGAACGAGACAGUGUGCACGCAAUUUCGGAAGGGGAGGGCGAGGGAGAGCGAGAUGUCCUAGGGGAGGAUGAGGGAUGGGAAGAGGGAGAAGAUAGAGGGGAGGGUGAGGGCGCAGGUGAGGAUUCUGAGCGAGAGAAGGGAGAGCGAGAGGAGCGAGAGCGAGAGGAGGGAGAGCGAGAGGAGGGAGAGCGAGAGGAGGGUGGAGACGAGGGAAGAUUUGCUGGGGGGGAGAUGUAUGGUGAAGAGCCUAUUGUGUCUGGUCAGAAUGUGGGGCAGGGCGGUAUGGCUUUGGGGAUGCUUCAAAGGAUGACAUUUGAGGCACCUCAAAAGUCGCCUCACGAGGUACCUCAAAAGCUGUAUGGUGAAGGGCCUUUUCCGUCUGGUGAGAAUGGGGUGCGAGGGAGUAUGGCUUUCGAGGCGAAUCAGAAGUUGAAUGGUGAAGAGCCUACUGUGUCUGGUGAGAUUGGGAUGCGAGGCGGUGUGGAGCCUUCGUCUGAGUCCUCCUUCCUCUCCUUCUCGGUGGAGGAGGAGGGGAGGGAGGGAGAGGAGGGGAAACUGGGAGGCGAGAGGGGAGAGGGAGAGGCGGGGUCGCCUGGGUGCUCUGUUACCCAGCCGGCAGCCAUGUCUACCGGCGGGUGGUUCGACGCGAUGAGCGUGCGACACUUUAUCAUGCAGGCGCUCGGGCUAGGCAUGAUAGUGACGUCAGCUCUCGUCAUCUGGAAGGGCCUCAUGUGCUGGACCAAUAGCGAGUCGCCAGUUGUCGUCGUGCUCUCGGGUUCCAUGGAACCCGGCUUCAAACGAGGCGACAUUCUCUUUCUCCACAUGAACCCAACGCCGCUCUCUGUGGGGGAGAUUGUGGUCUUCAACGUGGAUGGUCGAGACAUCCCCAUUGUCCACCGAGUCAUAAAGGUUCACCAAGAGGCUGACCCUGACGAGUUUCAGGCGCUCACAAAAGGUGACAAUAACGAAGGCGACGACCUGCCACUGUACGCGGAGGGGCAGCUGUGGCUGCGCAAGAAGCACAUCAUUGGGCGCGCGAUGGGGUACCUCCCCUAUAUCGGCUAUGUCACCAUUAUAAUGACUGAGCACCCCUACAUCAAGUUCAUUCUUAUUGGCGUUCUCGCAAUACUUGUUCUCACGUCCAAAGAUUAG